UUUGCGUCAAGCCUGCGCGUGGGAGUGAGAGAGCAAUGCAGCUUACUUCGGAAUAUCCCCGCAGAAGAGAGAGAGAGAGAGAGAGAGAGAGAGAGAGAGAGAGAGAGAGAGAGAGAGAGAGAGAGAGAGAGAGAGAGAGAGAGAGAGAGAGAGAGAGAGAAUCAACACACUUUCUCUCCAGCGCGAGAGGCGGAGCGCAGUCCCGAGACAACGGCGAGCAACGGGAGUAGUCGCGCGCAGCAGCUGCGGAAGAAAGCCAUGUCACUGCUGUUGCCACGUUCUUUGGGAGAACUGCAAUUAUACCGAAUCCUACAAAGGGCAAAUCUGCUUUGCUAUUACGAAGCCUUCAUCCAGCAGGGCGGCGAUGAUGUGCAACAACUUUGUGAGGCUGGCGAGGAAGAAUUCCUUGAAAUUAUGGCCCUCGUUGGAAUGGCGACCAAACCCCUCCACGUACGACGACUGCAGAAAGCUCUACGCGAUUGGGUUACCAACCCGUCCCUCUUCCACCAACCGUUGACGUCGCUCCCUGUUUGCAGUAUACCAGUUUACAAGCUUCCCGAAAACUCUCCGGGGGUUCACAGCAACGGGCAACAGAACCAGCUUACGGUACCCAGGGCGUUAUUACCCACAAGUCCCAGUCCAGGAAGACUGGAUCUAAGCAGAGAUGGGACACCCGGGUGUUCACCGUUACAGGGGGUCAGCGAUAGUCAUUUCUGGGGUAGCGAAAGCGAGCACAGCUUAUCACCGUCUGGAGCCUGUUCUCCAUGUUCUCCUCACGAUGUGCUCGAUAUUCUUGAUUCAGCUGCUGUCCAUUGUGUAACAGAAUGUGUGGAGAGAAUCGCCCAAACGUUGCCCAAGUGUGACCCCAUGGAAAUCAGAGAGCACGUCCGGGCCAAUAAGAAGCUAAGCAAGAUGAUCGGCCACAUCUGCGAGAUGAAUGACGACGACCCGCAGAAAGAGGCGGAGAUUCGGAAGUACAGCGCCAUCUAUGGCAGGUUUGAUUCAAAGAGGAGAGAUGGACGGCAACUUACCAUGCAUGAGCUAACAGUGAAUGAGGCUUCCGCUCGGCUGUGCAUGAAAGAUCUAUCGCUGCUGACCCGAAGAGAUGAGCUGUUCUCAUUGGCCAGGCAAAUUUCACGAGAGGUCACCUACAAAUAUACCUGCAGGAGCAGCAGGUCCCACUGUGGUGAUGAGGACGAGCCAUCUCCCAAGAGAAUCAAAUCUGAAGAUAGUGUCUACGAUCUACAGGAGGCCCUACACGUUCUUCAUACGCGGCAGGAGACUGUGAGAGAGCAGCUCGCAAUAGCGAAAUCUAAAGGAGAGGAGACCAUCAGACACAGUCUACAGGUUCAGCUGGACUCCCUGUUGGCCAAGCAGGUGGAACUCUUGCGUGAUGCUGCAGUGCAGGAGAGGUUAAAGUCUUUAGACUGGCGGAUUCCAACUGCAGCUCUGAAAUACCUCACUCCCACUGCUCAGCAUUGCAAUAGCGGCCUUACACAUGUCUCUGGUGAAAGACCCCUAAACUUGCGUCUGACUGAUGUUCCUCUGGGAAGGCAGCUGGCCAAUGAGCUGAAACGACAUCACAAACAGAAUGUAGAAGAACGGCAUCAUAAUCAACAAACCUCAGAGGAAAGAAAGACAAGUGCAACAGAAAACAUGUCCUCUCACAAGGAGACCUGCCUAUUGGACAAGAAGAUGAUCAAAUCAGAGCCAGAGGACUCCAGAUAACAUCUUCAACCUCUUUAAAAAAACAGUUAAUUAUUUUAAAUCAAAUGUUAAUUUGCUCAGUGAAUAUCUAGUACUGAAACAGUGUGGCCUUAUGAACUGUAAAUGCGUAGAGAUCCAUUUAUUUUGCUUUAUUUUUAAGAAUUAUUAUUAAUUUUAGAAAAAAAAAAAACAUGAACAUAUCAGUUUAGACGUAGAAAAUGUCUGAGAACAUAAUUGUGACUGUGCAUCAUUUUGUACAUAAUCUGUGUCGUUUAUUUGAUUGCAUGUCUUUAAACUCUAUUUAUUUUAGAACUAUUUGUUUGUCAACAGAAGCAGUCUCCAACUCAAGCACAAAUAAAGUUUAGUAGAAAACGGUUCUGUAGUUCUGUAGUUCUUAGAUUUGUUGAGGUAUCAUUCCUCGUCAGUGGUUAAAUGAUGACAUUCAUCUGUUCGUAUUGGUUUGUCAAUUAGGAUGAACUUUCAUGUGUACUUCGUAAUACAAUACUGAAUAUGUAGAGUUAGCUUUGCCUUGAAAAAACAUUUUCUUUUUUUUCUGAUUGUGUCAAUUUAAGUGUUUGACAAAAGUGUAUUGUGUAUUUGUACAUUGUGUUACCAGCAACUCUUAUACUCAACGUAAAAUGCGUAGAUCGUAUCUUGCUGUCGUAAAUUGUUAACUGUUUUGUUGUGACGGUGAUUUCUCGGACAAACGUUUGUAAACGUUUUUUUAUCUGACAGGAAGUUAGCUAGUCUCUUGUGUGGUUGCGUGUCUUUUUUUUUUUUACUCACAUUUGUCAGGUGUUUCACUCAUUUGUAUCAUUUCUUUGUGAAAUCAUCCUACAAAUAAAACCAAAC